AUGGAUCCAUCUACCUUCAGGCCUCCUGGGCUCCUGGCCACCAGAGACUUGGGUGGCCGCUGGGGGCCCCCUGAGGAGGGGGAGGGAGCCGGGAAGUGCCCCGGGCCCCAGAGGGGAGGCCUGCCCCCUGGGUGCGCCGCACCCUCCAACGGGCUCUGCGGCUGGCUAUACGCAGCCUGGAGGAGCAGCCCCACGGGACAGACGCCUGGGUUUCUCUGGCAACCCUGGGGCGGGGCGGGCCUCCUCCCAGCCUCCUCCUGGCCUCCUGGCCUAACCUCCCGAGGACCUGGAGGGCUGGGCCCCGGGCUCCCGGGCUCUGCUCGCAGCUGGCCUUUGGGCCACGGCUGCUGGCUGGUGCCCUUCCGCAGACAGGGACACCCGGAGCCUUCCCGCUGGGCAGACGGGCCGCGGUCCUCUGCAGCCAAGAAGGGCCUGGCGGCGGCCCUGAGGAGGCCCGGGCCCUGUGAGCAGCCAGGCGCCCUGAGGGGCGCGCCCUUCGUGGCCUGGUCCGACCACCUCGAGAGGCCGGGCGCCCUGGGGAAGGCCGGCAGCUACCCACUGUGGACAGCAGGCGAGGAGGGCAAGGAUGGGGACAGCUCGGUGUCAUCGGGCCGUCUGUCCGGCUCCUCCGGGGGCCACGAGUCGUGUGCCCCUCCGCACCAGCUCUGGACGGAGCGGCCCCCGCAGGUGCUGGGGUGCCCGCGGCUGCACAGGGACAGCAGCCCGCGGCUGGAGCAGCUGAGGGACAAGAUCCGGGCCCAGGUGCGGUGGCAGGGCAGCUGCGCCUCCCUGGGCACCUCGAUGCCCUCCAGCGCCUCACACCUGCACAAGGCCCUGGUGCCGGCCCCCCGGCAGAAGGCCCAGAGGCUGAAGAAGCCCCCCGAGGCCCCGGCCUGCCCAGUUCCACAGGAAAACCCCCAAAGCAUGAAAAGUUGCUCUUGUAAAAGAGAGAAGCCCUCCACACUGUCCACCCGAAAGGCUGCCAAAGGCAGGGAGUCCGAGCUGGUGGGUGCCCACGCCUGGAGGAAAGGACAAGCGCUGGCGAGGGGGCUGCUCGGGCCCCCGCCCGCCCUGCCCAGGCUCCGGAGCACGGCAGCCUCCGGGGAGACGGCCCACCCCGCGGAACCAGGGGACACCAAGAAGGCAGGAGCUGCCGAGAGCCACCCUGUCCGCCCCCGGACGCCCAGUCCAGCCGCUAUGCACAGGCACCCGCAGGUGCCUCCCAGCUCGCCCCUCCGGGCGCCCUGCAACCAAGCCGUGACCAUCCAGUCGGCUCUGGCCAUCCUGCAAGACCUGCGCCGGCAGAUCCAGGCAGGGCUGGAGCUGGCCCGGGACCACCAGCUCAAGCGAGGGUGUGAGCCGCGGCCGUCACCGUGGUGCCGGCAGGAGCCGGCAGGGAGGAGGCCCCAGGGCCCCUGCAGGGCCCCAGACCCGCGGAGCUCCUUCUCCGAGAGUCCCUGGGUCCCCACAAAGGGGACGCGCUCCUCCUCAGAGAGGGCGGGGAGCGUGCCCGCCGGGCAGCGCUGGAGGACCUUGGCCCGGUGGGAGUCCUAUCCGCAGAGGACCCGGUGGACGCAAGGACAGGACCCAGCUUUCCAGAGGCCUGGGAGUCCCCGAGAAAGGCUGGGCUGCUGCCCUCAGCGGCCCUGGAGCGCCUCGGCCGGGCGGAGGGCCUGGGCCACGUGUGACAGCUGGGAGGCCCCCGCCCGAGGGCCGUGGAGCCCCCUGGAAGGGCCAAGCCCUGCCGCCCAGCGGCCCUGGAGCGCCUCCCUCACAAAGUGGGCUGGCAGCCCGUGCAAGGGCGCCCUGAUGCCCACCUCGGGAGCAAAGGACGCCUGGCUCGGGCCCGCCCAGAGCACCCUCCGGAUGGCACCCCGGAAGGACAGUGAGGCACCGCUGCCACCGCCGCCCUGCCCGAAGACCCGGGGGCUCCUGGGCCGCCCCUACAGCCCCGCGUCCCUGCGAGAGUUCAUGCACCAGAAGGCGCUGGCGCGGCGGCAGCAGGCCCUGGAGGAGAAGGCCUCGGCCGUGCGGGCGCUGGAGCGGAGGAACCAGAGGCUGCAGGACGUGUACCGAAAGCAGAGGGAGGCCGUCCUGGGCAAGGCCGGCCCCGUCAAGGCCUGCCCCGUGGUCUCCCAGACCAACCCCAGCAUCGUGACCUUCGUCCCACACGCGGCACAGUGCAGGGACCAGGAGGCGCCCGGGAGCCCGGGGUCGCCCGUGCUGCAGUGGAGCAAGGUGACUUCCGGCAUGGUGCUGGGGGACCAGGAGGCCCCGGGCAGCUUCUGCCUGUGUCUGAACAGAGCCUUGGACGGCACGGAGCCCCUGGAGACAGUGGGCCCCCUGGACGGCUGGCAGGGCGCGCCCCUGUGGAGGUCGGCCAGCCCCACCCUGGGCCCCCCAGGGCUCCGGGACCUGGCUACCCAGCACCCAUGCCCGGGGCUGUGCAUCUACCUGGACCCCGAGGAGGCCCAGCGCCUGGGCACGCCGGGCCCCCUGCACUUCCGGUACAAGCAGGCCCGGCUGCAGGCCCUGGAGACCAUGGCCAACAUCCUGAAGCAGCGGAUCGACCUCCUGACAGCCAAGCUGCUCGGGUCCGAGGCGGCGGACACUCCCGGGGGCCUGGCCUCAGACCCGCCACCCUCGUGCCCCGGCACCGCAGCCUCCGUGCCAGCCACACCGGCCUGCCCCAGGGCCCUGGUGCCCGACGGGGGCACAGGGGCCCCCUGGGACGUGCCGGCCAGGCUGCUGCCAUCUCCCGCCAGCUUCCCAGACGGCGAGGCACUGCUGUGGAGCCCCAGGGCCCACCCGGCCGGCCGGCCCCGAGGUUUCGUGGAGGACAGCUGUUCGGAGCUGGACAAGAGGCUGGCGAGAAACAUGGCUUCCUUCCAGGCCCUCCGCCCCUUGGCAGGGAGCUCACCUGGGGCGCCAGCGCCGCCGGACCCCACCUGCGGCUCCCGGUGGCUGGAGGAGACGCCACCGCUGCCACGGGCCGGAGGGGCAGGCUCGGCCACGCCCUGGACCUCGCGGAGCUGCGGUCGACCUAGCCAGCCCCAGGCCAGGCACGUCGCCGACAUCCAGCAGAGGUCCCUGCGCUUUCUCCAGUCCCUGGAGCGGCACCAGCAGACUCGGGAGCAGGCGCUGGCCCUUCUGCGGCAGCGGGCGGAGCUGGAGGUCUGGGAGACCCGGAGGGCCCUGGACGAGCUGCUCCUCAGACACCGGCUGGAGAGGCUGAUGGGGAACCACGCAGCCCCGGCCAGGCCGGGAGCAGCUUCAGAACCGGAGGGGCUGCAGGUGUGUGGGGACCUGGAGACCUCUCGGAGUGCUGUGACGGCCGGACUGAGGUCGCAGCCUGCCCUGGGCGGAGAUGCCGCUGCGCCCUCCCGGGGCUCUGAGGAAGGACGGGGGAGGCAGGACAGCCAGCCAGCCUCUGCAGAGCCCGCGGAGGAGGGGAGACCGGACCAAGGCCUCUCCCGGCUGCUCCUGGCCAGACUCUAUCCUGGGGACAGCCCCAUCCACCAGAUGUUACAGCAGAGCCUCCGGGAGCAAGAGCUGCACACACAGUACCUGGCCGCGCUGCUGCGCCUGCGCGAGAAGGCGCUGGAGGAGAAGACGCGCUGGGAGCUGGGCUGGCUGGAGCACCAGAGAAGGUGUCUGGGCAGCGAGGCGGGCGUUGCUGCGCUGGCGGCCUUGGCAGAGCGGCAGCGGCAGGCCCUGGGUGACCUUGAGCAGGAGCAGGGGGAGGUCCCAUCCCUGCGGCGCAGUCCCCCGGCCUCACGCCAUGACGAGAGGACCCUGCUCCUGCAGCAUCACCGGGACAUCCUCUCCGUGCAGAGGUCCUUGGCCCGCCUGCAGCGGGAGCUUCAGACCACGCCCCGGCUGCUUCAGAGUUCUGGCCCUGACGUCCCAGCUGCCCGGGACGGGGACUCUGAGACAAGCCAGCAGCUGGAAGGGCCUGUACGGGGUGCAUCACGCCCCCCAACGCCACACAGGCCUGGCAGCCCUGGCAGCGACCGCCCCUGCAGAAGCCCCGAGAGCCUGAGUGUCCCACCCCUUGUCACCGAGCAGCAGGACGGGGCAUCCUCUGGGGCAACUUCAGCUGUGGAUGGUCACUUGCAGCCUUGGAGGCCAGCUUGGGGACAGGAGACACCCCCGGCCAAUGGCUGGCCCGACACCCAGGGUGGGCCGGUGGAGAGCGGCAGCCGCAGGGGCCAAGGGGACGCGCAGCCCGACCCCCGCCCCUGGCCGGCAGCGCAGGAGACCCGGGCUCUGACGGAAGGCCACGCACAGAGCUUCCGGGGCCGGAGCCCACACCCCCAGGGCGGAGAGGGGCCCUGCAGCCCCCAGGACGCCAGCGCAGCGGAGGGCAGAGCGGGGGCAGCAUCGGGGCUGGACUCUGCCGACAGCCCUGAGGGGGCGGCCCCCACAGUGGAAAGCCAGCGGCCAGAGGAGCAGAGGACGGAGACCUAUUGGCAGGAGGACCCCCACGGCCCCUCCUCCUGGCAGGAAGCUGUCCAGCUGACCACCUGUCCAGCGCAUGCAGCGGCUGAGGAGGCCACGCCCCCCACCCGGCACCGGGGCAGCCCCCUGCCCCAGCUCCCCGCCCCCUCUGGGACCUGCUCCGGGUCUGCAGCGGGGUCCCGCAGCUCCUCUCCUGGGAGCGGCCCGUCCUGUCCCUCUCUCCAGGAGUUCCAGAAAGUGUCCGCCUUUCUGGUCCAGCUCUCAGAGAGCUCCACCUCCCCGUCAGACUGGGAGGCCGGGGACAGCCCGGACGCAGACCUGGGCUGGUCUGGGGGGUCUUCUCCUCGGGACUCCGGGGGGCUGCACGGGGACGGACGGCAGGCGACCUGGGAGGGGCCGGCAGGCCGUGGGACCAGCCCCCCGCACCGCCCCUGCACCGUGUGGGGAAGCCCAGAGUCGGAGCCAGGCCCCUGGCAGCCGGGCUGGACGCCGCUGCCCCCCGGCGUCCCCUCCCCCGGGGCGGGAUCAGGGCUGUCAGAGGCGUCCGGCGAGGUCUGGGACGAGGACAGUCUGCUGGAGCCUGGCACCGGCGCCCAGUCGGCCGCGGGACGCGCCUCACCUGCCGGUGGCUCCUGUGACCUGGAGGAUGGAGGGGCACCUUGCAUGCCACUUCUGUCCCGGGGCCCUGGAGGGGGACAAGAAGCUUCUGGAACCAGUGGGAGCCGGCCCCGUGGGUCAGACACGGGAAAGGCCGGCCAGACGUCCCCCGAGGCUGCCUGCACGGCUUUGCCAUCGGAUCCCGACUCCUGCAGUGACUCAGACCUGUGCCUGUCCUUGCCUUCGGGGUCCUCGGCAUCCAAAGAGGCGGAUGUCAGCGAAGGACUGGAGCCCGGGCCUCUGCAGGCGUCCGAGGGCUGUCCCGAGGGGCCCUGGGCUGCCGGCCCGAGGGCGCCCGCCGCCGACAGGAAGCCCCCAGAGCCUCCUCCUGGAGCCCCUCAUCCGCCGGCAGCCCUGAGGGCUGGGAGCGGGGCGCCGGGGCAGGCGGGGAGCGGCGCAGCCCCUGUGCCGGAGGAAGCCAGGCCGCCUUCGGCCAGCCGAGUCCUGCGGGAGGUCCUGUCCCCGGUGGACGACGUGCUGUCCUAUGGCAGCGCCGACCUCCCGUCCUCCACACGCAGGGACUCGCUCCUCCCUGCUCUGCCACCCGCGCCCCCAGCAGAGCUCAGGGCCACCACCCCCAGCCCCUGCUCAGAGGACUUCCCUUCCCCACCCGCAGACGCCCUGUGUCCCGGGGGCUCACUGAGCCCCCCAGAGGAGGGCGCCUCCAUCAACACCUGCGAGUUGUCCUCCUUGUCCGAGGAGGGGCCGCCCGAGGGACCGUCCAUGGGGCCCCCGGAGGCCAGCCUCUGCCUCGGGGCAGGCGGACGGGGUGGAAGUCUGGGGGACCAACUGGGUGAAUCCAGUUCUCCUGGGGGGAACAAGGCUGUGGGGGGCCGAUGGCCUGAACCCUUCAGCUGGCUAGGGUCCCCCUCGUGGGGCGGGGCCGGCGAUGCCCCGGAUGGGACCCCAGGGCUGACGGUGCGGCACCCAACCCUGUCCCGAGUGGGCUGUGUAGCUGGGGGGGGCCCGCCCGCACCGUGGGCGGCUGGCGACACAGGGCUGCCUGGCGCCUGGCGGGGGGCCCCGGCGCCUGCUUCAGACGCGGGUCCCUGCGCUGGGCCGCCCGGCGUGGACAGGACGCAGGUGGUGGAUCUGGUCUCCACGCAGCUCACCCGGAGGAUCCUGUGCGACACGCUGGCGGUGCUCUCCGAGAGGGCCCCGCCGGGCCGCCCGCCGGCCGGGGAGCGGGCGGGCGCCAGCCGUGUCGCCAGGCCCCCCACAGCGGGGCUGGGCAGUCUCGGGGGAGACCGGACUUCUGAGGAAAGAGCAGACGUCCUCCGGUGGUGACCCAGGGGCGUCAUCCGCAUCACCGUGCGAUUGUGUGUGCACAGGUGUGUGCACGUGUGUGCGUGUGUGUGCGCUGGAGGCCUCAGGGACCCCGGGCCUCCCCGGGGCGGAGCCGCCACUCAGAAGGGCUGGCCGGGGAGGUGGUCAUCGGGUGCAGGGCCCGAGACCGGGCGGCGACCCCUGGACGUCCGCUGCAAACUGGCUCCAUCCGCAUGUUUCUGGGUGUGGGGCCCACGGCUUCCCCCGGGCUCUCGAGGGGCACCCUGACCCACAGGGAGGAAGAGGCGG